CUGGUCAGAAUUAGUCAUCCAGAAAAGGAUCUUCUCUACUUAGAAAUCUGGUAAGAGACACUAAAGAGAGACUAGGACUGGCUGUUACUGUGUCACAUGACACUUGAUCAGGUUUCUCUGAGACAAUCUACACGCACAGCAGUUCACCUUCAACAGUAUUAGGAAAAUACUUUGCUGAUGACUGUAGGACAGGAGCAAAGCAGUCUUCACAGUUGCAGAUGCCGUACAAUGAGCUAGCUCCAGUGCAGACACAGCAAACCUGGUGUGUAAUAUUUACCACAGUCAAUUGAAUUUAUCAGAAAUAGUGCUACGGUCCUUGAACAGUCAUCAAAAUGAAUAGGGAAACUGCAGAAAAUUUUCUGGACUCCAAUCCGGAGUUUGCCAAGCAGUACUUCGAGAAAACACUUCGUCCAGAAACCGUGGCUCAAGUGAUGUCAAGGACUGACAUCGGUGCUGAUAUCUCAACUUUCAGGGAGAUUGGUCAGGUGGAGGAAAGUGAAAUUCUCUUUGAGCUUAUCCGAGAUAUGCAGGAGAGCAUAAACAUGGAAAAGGUGGUGUUUAAAACUUUACGGAGGCUUAGUUUCCUGAUCCAUGCCGAGCGAAUGAGUCUGUUUAUGUAUCGGCAAAGAAAUGGCACAGGAGAGUUGGCCACCAGGCUGUUCAAUAUUCACAAGGAUGCUGUCAUGGAAGAUUGCUUUGUGCAUCCAGACCAUGAGAUCGUUUUCCCAUUGGACAUGGGAAUUGUAGGAAGUGUUGCACAGACCAAGAAAACUGUAAAUGUCCACAAUGUUGCUGAGUCCAAUCUUUACAGCUCGUUUGUGGAUGAAUUGACUGAAUACCAAACUAAGAGUGUUCUUGCUACCCCCAUAAUGAAUGGUAAAGAGAUGGUCGCUGUCAUCAUGGCAACUAAUAAAACGGAUGGAACUUAUUUUACUGAACACGAUGAGGAUCUUUUCUUGAAAUAUCUCAACUUUGCCUCCUUGAACCUCAAAAUCUAUCAUCUGAGCUACCUUCAUAACUGUGAAACAAGAAGAGGCCAGGUUCUUUUAUGGUCAGCAAACAAAGUAUUUGAAGAACUGACAGACAUUGAGCGACAGUUUCACAAGGCUCUUUACACAGUCCGAGCCUACCUGAACUGUGAGAGAUACUCAGUAGCACUCCUCGACAUGACGAAGCAGAAGGAGUUUUUUGACCUGUGGCCUAUACAGAUGGGAGAGGUACCUCCUUACCAAGGUCCCAGAACUCCUGAUGGCAGAGAAAUAAUCUUUCACAAAAUCAUCGACUACAUUCUACAUGGAAAGGAGGAAAUUAAAGUCAUUCCAACUCCACCUGCUGAUCAUUGGGCCUUGGCCAGCGGAUUACCAACGUAUGUUGCAGAGACUGGCUUAAUCUGCAAUAUCAUGAAUGCAGCAGCAGAUGAAACAUUUAGCUUCCAGACUGAACCCUUGGAUAGUUUUGGAUGGACGAUCAAAAAUGUCCUUUCAAUGCCAAUUGUAAACAAGAAAGAAGAGAUUGUCGGAAUUGCCACAUUUUACAACAGGAAAGAUGGAAAACCUUUUGAUGAAAUGGAUGAAGUUCUUAUGGAAUCCCUGACCCAGUUCCUAGGCUGGUCUGUUCUCAACACCGAUACAUAUGAUAAAAUGAACAAGCUUGAAUACCGGAAGGAUAUUGCUCAGGGAAUGGUGCUAUAUCAUGUAAAAUGCAACAAGGAUGAAAUACAAAAUAUACUGCCAACAAGGGAAGUUUUUGGAAAAGAACCUAAUGAAUGUGAAGAGGAGGAAUUACAAGAAAUAUUGAGUGAGCAACUCCCACGUGCUUCGGACUUUCAACUUUAUGAGUUCAGCUUUAGUGACUUAGAAUACGCGGAGAUGGAUCUUGUGAGAUGUGGCAUCCAGAUGUAUUACGAGUUGAAAGUUGUGGACAAAUUCCACAUCCCACGUGAGGUUCUGGUCAGGUUUAUAUAUUCCUUAAGUAAAGGAUACCGAAGAAUUACAUACCACAACUGGCGUCAUGGAUUCAAUGUUGGGCAGACCAUGUUCACUCUUUUGAUGACAGGUAAAUUGAAACGCUAUUACACAGACCUGGAAACAAUGGCUAUGGUCACUGCAGGGCUCUGUCAUGAUAUUGAUCACAGAGGGACCAACAACUUGUACCAAAUGAAGUCCCAGCACCCAUUGGCAAAACUACAUGGCUCUUCAAUUAUGGAACGUCAUCACUUGGAGUUUAGCAAGACUUUACUUGCUGAUGAGACUUUGAACAUUUUCCAAAACUUGAACAGGAGGCAGUAUGAGCACGUCUUCCAUCUGAUGGAUGUUGCGAUCAUUGCAACAGACUUGGCGCUCUACUUUAAAAAAAGAACAAUGUUUCAAAAGAUUGUCGACCUGUCAAACACCUAUGAGGAUGAGAAGGCCUGGGUGGAAUAUAUGUCACUGGAAACGACCAAGAAAGAGAUUGUCAUGGCCAUGAUGAUGACAGGGUGUGACUUAUCAGCAAUUGCUAAACCCUGGGAGGUUCAGAGCAAGGUGGCUCUGUUAGUCGCAGCUGAAUUCUGGGAACAGGGUGACUUGGAAAGAACUGUCUUACAACAGAAUCCCAUUCCAAUGAUGGACAGGAACAAAGCAGAUGAACUCCCCAAACUUCAAGUUGGUUUCAUUGACUUUGUGUGCACAUUUGUCUACAAGGAAUUCUCUCGCUUUCACGAGGCCAUCACACCAAUGCUUGAUGGUAUACUCAACAAUAGAAAAGAAUGGAAGCAACUUGCUGAUGAACAUGAGGCAAAGGUGAAGGCUUUGCAAGAAGCAAGGCAGAAGCAAGAAGAAGAGCUAGCAGCAAAGAAAGCUGCUGCUGCUGCCGCCGCCGCUGCUGCUGCAGAGAAGGCUCAGUCCAAAACUUGUUCUGUGUGUUAAACGUUGUGGUUCCUGGGCUGCCUCGUUCCCUUCGGUGUUCACGAUGACGUGAGACUGCACAGACAGUACAGCAGUACUGACUGCAUCAGGCAGCAGAAAUCAAGAGGAAAUGGCAUGACGUCAUAAUCAUUGAACUUCCAUUGGGCUUGGAAUCCACUAGUGUUUGAAAGGUAGACCUUGGAUGGGGUGGUGUCAACCUGUAUUAAACGGGUGCACUCAUUGCAACAGAUAUUCUGUUGUUUAUGGUACUUGUACGUUAUGUCCUCUGUAAAUAACACUACUGUAAACUAAAUCAUUCUGGGAAACUACCUGAGUUCUGUGGUGCUUGUAAAAUAUGAUGGAGCAGAAAUUAAUCUUCCGCAGCACAAAACUGCGGUAGAAUAUCAGCUGCCUGCUAAUCGGCCCAUCCAAUAUUCAGUUUUCUUGGCAUAAUUGGAGUGGAAUUUCAAGUGGGAAUGUAACAAGAGGCCGGUGCAAUCAAGCCCUGUUUCCAGUGCUGAGGAAGACCAAUUUCUACUGAGAAUUUCAAUCCAGGAGGUGUACUUUUACAAUCACAAACUGAUAUUUGUACAUUUGAAGACUGAACAGAAUAGACCUCUCACAAGCGGCAACCUUUCACUGUAUUAUUUUGCUUAUACGGCUUUGUCUCAACUUAAUUUUCAUAAAAUUAUUUAACUUCACUGCUCAAAUAAGGAUGCAAAAUAAUGUUGGGAUUUGAAUCAUAAUAAAACUGGAAAACUUUCUCUGGGAGUGCACGAGCUUAAUCUCAUCAUUACUGUGUGACACUUCAUACAAUUACUAACAUACUAGGCAGGCAGCAAUACAGAAUUGAUUCAGUUGAUGUAUUGCUAAUUCUGUCUGAUCCCCUUGAUUGUGUUAUUAUCUUGUAUUUCAUGUUCCCUCAGGUGAAUUUUUAAAGAUAUGUUUUAAGGAUAGUAGUUAUUAAUCACUCGGGAUGCUACCUGCUAUCUCUGACCUGCUGAAUAUUAUCUGGCAAGGUAGAAAUUUUUAUAUCCAUCCACUCAGAGAAGCUGGAAAAAGCAUGAUGUGCAUUUCCAUGCUUUGAGCCACAGAGAGUUUCCAGUGAGUGACAGACUUUUUGCAUCUUGAUUUUUUUUGGGAUGAGUCAAUGAAUUAUUUAUAUUUUGCAUGUUGCUGAAAUUCAAUAUAAUCAGAAUUCAUAUAAAAAUGCAAGCCGACGCAUAUUAAUAUCAGACAAAAAUUGGUGAGUUCUACCUUUUAAAACUUUGGGAAAUUGAAAAUGGAAGAAUUGAAUCAAAUAAAAGAUUGUAUUAAAUGCUUGCAAACAAUAACAUACUGUAAUAGUCAAGUGUAGACCUGGAUAUAUUGGAUUCAAACGUUAAAUCUGUAUGUAUGGAUCAGUCAGGAUCAUCCAAUUUCUGUAUUGCUAUGUUUUCACACAUAAGACUACCCAAAAACAUUUAUAUGUUUUCACUACUGAUUACUUCGUUCCUGGUGGCAACUUCAGAGCUGUAGAGUAUCUACUGUGAAUUUGUAUUGCAACUGGUUAGACUGAGCUAUUCCUUUGUAUCAUGGAAUCUGCACAUUAACAUAAAAGCGAGAUAGUCAUUAAGGACAGUUAAGCAUUUCCUGCAGACAAUGUCUAUCUAUCCAAGUUUUAUUGCACAAAGGUGCAAUUAUAUUCCAAUAUAACAAGAAUAAGAACGGUUAAUCCACAUAAAAGUGCAGAAUUAUCAAAUUUCCAGCAAGGUUUCUUAGAUAAUGGAAAGCACAAGAUAUUCCCAACAAACCAAACUGUGUAACUAAAAGAAAUUAUCAUUUGAAAGAUAUCUGUCCAAAAGCUGCUCUUUGAGCUCUCUAAUCAUAGUUAGUCUUUUAUUCAUUGAAUCUAUUGUGUACUUAAUUGGUAUGACAUCAAUGUCUAUUAUAAAUCUAUGGUGAUCAAUACAUUUUUAAUGUUGAAACAAAGUGGGUUAACUGUUAAGAGUACUAUAAGGUAUCCAUAAUGAAUUUUUAAACACACAAGCCGUACCAUUCCUCUACCAAUUGUAAAUGGAUAGCAAUAAAAAAGCCAAAGGUUCCUGACUUUAUUUCAUAUACUGUGGUUGGGAGUCAGUAAUACCCAAAAGAAAUAAAUAGGUUUAUAGCAAUAUAUUAUUGUGCACUUGAAACAAUCUCAAAAUUUGAUGAUCAUACGUGGGGACAGCAGUGACAAAAACUGUUAAAGAAUUCAGGCGGGAAUAAACAUGA